AUCAAGAUAAUUGAUAAGACACAGCUGGACGAAGAGAACCUGAAGAAGAUAUUCAGAGAAGUGCAGAUCAUGAAGAUGCUUUGCCACCCACAUAUCAUCAGGUUAUACCAGGUUAUGGAGACGGAGAGGAUGAUUUAUCUAGUGACAGAGUAUGCUAGUGGAGGGGAGAUAUUUGAUCACUUGGUGGCCCACGGACGGAUGGCUGAGAAGGAAGCCCGGAGAAAGUUCAAGCAAAUAGUGGCUGCUGUCAACUUUUGUCACUGUCGUAAUAUAGUCCACAGAGAUCUGAAGGCAGAAAACCUCCUUCUGGAUGCGAACCUGAACAUCAAAAUAGCAGAUUUUGGGUUCAGUAACAUCUUCACACCAGGUCAGCUGCUUAAAACCUGGUGUGGGAGCCCACCCUACGCUGCUCCAGAGCUCUUUGAGGGAAAGGAAUACGAUGGGCCAAAGGUUGACAUUUGGAGCCUCGGCGUGGUGCUGUACGUGCUGGUCUGUGGAGCUCUGCCCUUCGACGGGAGCACGCUGCAGAACCUGCGGGCCAGGGUGCUCAGCGGGAAGUUUCGCAUUCCAUUUUUCAUGUCCACAGAAUGUGAACAUCUGAUCCGCCACAUGCUGGUCCUGGACCCGAGCAAGCGGCUCUCCAUGGAGCAGAUCUGCAAACACAAGUGGAUGAAGCUCGGGGAGGCUGACGCUGAGUUUGACAGGCUGAUAGCAGAGUGUCAGCACCUGAAGACGGAGAGGCAGAUGGAGCCGCUGAACGAGGACGUGUUGCUGGCAAUGGCAGACAUGGGGCUGGACAAGGAGCGCACAGUUCAGUCACUAAGAGCCGAUGCUUAUGAUCACUACAGUGCAAUCUACAGCCUGCUCUGCGACCGGCUGAAGAGACACAAGAGUCUGCGCAUCGCCCCAUCCCCAAGCGUACCACGGACCAUGACCUUCCCCACCUCUGCCAACAUCCAGACAGAACAGACAGGCAAUACCAUGAGCAUCAAUGUGCCACAAGUCCAGCUCAUCAACCCUGAAAACCAGAUAGUGGAGACUGACGGAACAAUGAACUUGGACAGCGAUGAAGGGGAAGAGCCAUCACCUGAAGCUCUGGUCCGUUACCUCUCGAUGAGAAGGCACACCGUUGGAGUAGCUGACCCACGGACGGAAGUGAUGGAAGAUCUGCAGAAGCUCCUGCCUGGCUUCCCCCGUGUCACUCCUCAGGCUCCGUUCCUGCAGGUGACCCCGAAUGUGAACUUCAUGCACAAUGUGCUGCCGAGACAGAACCUGCAGCCCACGGGUCAGCUGGAGUACAAGGAGCAGUCCCUGCUGCAGCCCCCCACCCUGCAGCUGCUGAAUGGCAUGGGCCCUCUGGGGCGGAGGGCGUCGGACGGCGGAGCCAACAUCCAGUUACACGCACAGCAGCUGCUGAAGCGUCCUCGAGGUCCAUCUCCGCUCGUCACUAUGACCCCAGCUGUCCCGGCUGUCACCCCUGUGGAUGAGGAGAGCUCCGAUGGGGAGCCGGAUCAGGAAGCUGUGCAGAGAUACUUGGCAAAUAGGUCAAAAAGGCACACUCUGGCAAUGACCAACCCUACAGCUGAAAUCCCUCCAGACUUGCAGAGGCAGCUAGGACAGCAGUCCUUCCGACCCCGGGCUUGGGCUCCACACCUGGUACCCGAUCAGCACCGUUCUAUUUACAAGGACUCCAAUACUCUGCAUCUCCCCACCGAACGCUUCUCCCCGGUUCGGCGCUUCUCUGAUGGUGCUGCCAGCAUCCAGGCUUUCAAAGCCCACCUGGAGAAGAUGGGCAAUAACAGCAGCAUCAAACAGCUUCAGCAGGAGUGCGAGCAGCUUCAGAAGAUGUAUGGUGGGCACAUGGACGAGAGGACGCUGGAGAAGACGCAGCAGCAGCACAUGUUGUACCAGCAGGAGCAGCACCAUCAGAUUCUUCAUCAGCAGAUUCAGGACUGUAUCCGGCCACCCCAGCCAUCUCCACCCUUGCAAGCUCCAUGUGAAAACCAGCCAGCUCUGCUCACUCACCAGCUUCAGAGGUUACGGAUUCAGCCAUCCAGCCCGCCCCCGAACCACCCUAAUAACCAUCUCUUCAGACAACCAAACAGCAGCCCACCUCCCGUGAGCAGCAGCGUGCUCCAGCCCCACGGUGCCGCCUCCCAGUCCCAGUUCCAAGGGAUGCCAUCCCACAACACAAUCUUCCCGCAGUCCGGUAACUGUUCCCCUCCUCCAGCCAUGGGGCUGACGUGCCUGGGCCUGCAGCAGCAGUCGCAGCCUCAGCAGGUCACCAUCCAAGUGCAGGAGCCCGGCGACAUGGUCAGCAACAACCUCCUGCAAGGGGCCUCCGUGGGCGGGCAGGGCAUGUCCUCCCACGCGCGGGGCAUGUCCCUCAGCCCCAGCACCAACCAGAUCCAGCUGCAGCACCGCGCCAGCCUGAUGGCCUCCCUCACCUACGGCCACCGGCAGCCCUCCUCCCGAAGUCGCACGGGAAAUCCCGCGGCCUGCCGCUGCCCCGAGCUGGGA